UUGGACUGGACCACCGGCCGCGGUGCGCGCGGAGAGUCGGAGCAUGAGGCGACGUUAGGGACACGAGCGGGGACAGAAGCAGCACGAAGGGAAUACAACAGCGCGAGGGAACCGGAACCAGGACCAGGUCCAAGGGAGCCUGGGUGCAUCAGUGGGACCUUCCUCCUUCAGAGAGCUUUUCUCCUCUGGAAGUUAUGGCAGAAAUGCUGAAUUCGCCGGGCCUGCUGACUAUGCCCCGGAGCCCCACCUCCAGUGAGGAUGAGAUGGCCCAGAGCUUUUCCGACUACUCCGACGACUGUGCCUCCGACAGCUCCCGCGAAGAGACCAUUUACGAGACCAUAAGGGCCACGGCCGAGCAAUCGCAGAGCCGCAUGGACGACAUUCACGCAAACUCGCUGGUCAUCCGCGUCCUCAUCCCCGACCUGCAGCAGUCGAAAUGCAUGCGGUUCAACCCGGACGCGACCGUCUGGGUUGCCAAGCAGCGGAUCCUGUGUACGCUUAAUCAGAGCCUGAAAGACGUGCUGAACUAUGGGCUCUUCCAGCCGGCCAGCGAUGGGAGGGACGGCAAGUUCCUGGACGAAGAGCGCGUCUUUCGAGAAUACCCUCAGCCAAUCAGCAAGGGCGUCCCGUCUCUGGAGUUCCGCUACAAGAGCAGAGUCUACAGGCAGCCCAAUGUGGACGAGAAACAGAUCGCUAAACUUCAUACAAAGGGCAAUCUGAGAAAGUUCAUGGACCUCAUCCAGCAUAAUCAGGUGGACAAAGUGUCGAAGCUGCUGGAGAGAGGCUUCGAUCCCAACUACCACGACAGUGAGACUGGGGAGAGUCCGUUGACAUUCGCUGCUCACCUGGACAACGUGGUGGACCUGAUCAAGGUGCUGAAGAAUGGAGGAGCUCACCUGGACUUCAGAGCCAAAGACGGCAUGACUGGCCUGCACAAAGCUGCACGCUCCAAGAACCACGUGGCCCUCACGACACUGCUGGAGUUGGGAGCUUCACCAGACUAUAAGGACAGCCGCGGUCUGACUCCUCUGUAUCACAGCGUUGUGGUGGGAGGAGACCCGGGCUGCUGCGAGCUCCUGCUGAACCACCACGCCGUCGUCUGCUGCCAGGACGAGAACGGCUGGCAUGAAGUUCACCAGGCUUGCCGUCACGGCCACGUGCAGCACCUGGAGCAUCUGCUGUUCUACGGAGCAGAAAUGAGCGCCCAGAAUGCCUCAGGAAACGCUGCUCUACACAUCUGUGCCCUAUACAACCAGGAUAACUGUGCCAGAGUGCUGCUUGUUCGCGGAGCCGACAAAGAAGUGAAGAACUACAACAGCCAGAGUCCAUUUCAGGUCGCCAUCAUAGCCGGGAACUUCGAGCUUGCUGAACUGGUGAAGAACCACAAAGAGACAGAUAUAGUGGUGCCUUUCCGCGAGGCUCCAGCCUACUCCAAACGCCGCCGGGGUCAGUCUUCUGGCAGCGGAAACGGCCACUCUCCCUCCUCGUUAUCAGCGCCACGGGUCCUGCUGCGCUCCAACAGCGACAACAACCUAACAGUCAGUCAGUACCAGCAGCAGCACGGUUCUCCUGGCACCUGGGCCCCCCAUCUGCAGCAACACGCCCAGCCCCACCCACACAGGGCCCCCCAGCAGGGUCACUCGCAGCCUGGCGCCUCAGCAUUACAUCGCAGCCUGUCACCCCAGCUGCUCCAGCAGAUGCCCAGCGGCAGCCCCAAUGGCAACGUGGUGGUGCGGACCAUGGGGAGGGGGGCGAGGAGCCGGUCACCUUCCCUCAGCCGGCUGGGGGAGGAGGCCCGGCGGGCUCUACCUUCACAGCGCCAGCCCAGUCCCAGCAGUCACAGCGAGGCAGUGGGCACCAGGAGGAAGCUGUACAGUGCGGUUCCUGGGAGACAUUUUGUGGUGGUGCGUCCUUACAUCGCUCAGGCCGAAGGAGAACUCAGCCUCUACAAGAACGACAGGGUCAAAGUUCUGAGCAUCGGAGAGGGGGGUUUCUGGGAGGGCAGCGCCCGUGGCCAGAUGGGCUGGUUUCCAGCCGACUGUGUGGAGGAGAUCCCGGCCAAGACCUCCGAUGAGAGGAGCUAUUCCCGAGCGGACCGUGCUGACAGACGGAAGCUCUUCAGACAUUACACUGUGGGCUCCUACGACAGCUUUGAUGCCUCCAGUGACUGCGUGGUGGACGAGAAGACGGUGGUGCUCCAGAAAAAGGAGAAUGAGGGAUUUGGCUUCGUCCUGCGAGGUGCAAAAGCUGACACGCCCAUCGAGGAGUUCACUCCCACGCCUGCCUUCCCUGCCCUGCAGUACCUGGAGUCGGUGGAUGAGGGAGGAGUGGCAUGGCAGGCGGGGCUCAGGACGGGGGACUUCCUCAUCGAGGUGAACCAGGAGAACGUGGUGAAGGUGGGACACAGACAGGUGGUCAACAUGAUCCGCCAGGGAGGCAACCGGCUCCUGAUCAAGGUGGUGACGGUCAGCCGGAAUCUGGACCCCGACGACACGGCACGCAAAAAAGCUCCUCCGCCCCCCAAGAGAGCCCCCACCACAGCCCUGUCCAUGCGCUCCAAGUCCAUGACGUCUGAACUGGAGGAACUCGUGGAUAAAGCCACGCUGAGGAAAAAGAAAGGUGAUGCGCAGAAGAAGAGGAUUGUUUUCCAAGUCACUCUAAACAAAGUUGAGGAGAUGACGCACGCCCAGAAGACCUCGCCUGUCGAUAUGAAGAUCGCCACAAUCAAACCACGGCCCUCCAGUCGCUGUUUGGUUACAGCAGCAGAUAUUAAUUCCAUGUAUCAUGACCGCCAGGGAGUAGCAGUGGUGCCACCCACUGUGCCAGGGGCAUUCCUGGGGCUACCUGAAAAGAGCACUUUGAAAAAGCAAAAGUCCAUAGGUACAUCGGAGGAUGAGAAACAUGGAUUCCUCACACCUCCCCUACUCAAGUUCGCCCGCAGCCUCUCUAUGCCUGACACCUCAGAGGACAUUCCUCCUCCCCCAGCCAUUUCACCCCCUUCGCCACCUGAUUACAACUCAGCUGCUGGCCCUACACCCAAGAGCUACGGCACCACACGACCCAGCUUCACCCAGAAUUCACCCAAUGCAGUGAAGACAAUUAGUCGAACCACCGACGUUCAUACGUUAAGGCGUGGCUAUUUCCGCCAGAGCUCAGAGCAGUUUGACUCACGAAUCCGAGGGCGCGCGCCAGUGCCGGAGAACCCUUACUCCGAGGUGGGCAAUAAGAACCUGUAUGUGCCAGCCAAACCAGCUCGAAGGAAGGGCAUGCUAGUAAAGCAGCCCAACGUUGAGGACAGUCCUGAGAAAAAGUGUCACAUGCCAUCAAGCCCUUCGGGCGCGCUUUCCAUGCCUACUACGCCUAUAGAACGAACGUGCUCCUCCAUUCCUAUCCCCACCAUCAUCGUUAAGGAGCCCUCCACCAGCAGCAGUGGCAAGAGCAGCCAGGGUAGCAGUAUGGAGAUCGAGCCCACCACCCCUGAACACCCACCUCUUACGCCCACUGUUUGUGGUUUGCGUCCUGAAGACCCUAUGUCUCUUGGCAACCCCUUUGCGGCAGCUAUUGCCGGGGCAGUACGGGACCGGGAGAAAAGGCUAGAGGCAAGAAAGCACUCAAUCGCCUUCCAGUCAAUAGACAUUGGGGAUGAUGACUUCAAUAGUCCCACACCAACCCCUCGCCUUCGCCAGUCAAAGUCUAUCGAUGAAGGUAUGUUCAGUAGCGACGAGCGUCUGCGAAGGAUAUUGGGUCCCCCUUCCGCAGCACAGCUUGGGCCCCCCGUUGGGGGCGGUAGUGGCAACAUGACAGAUUUCAACACUCCUGAGCCCACAGUGGUACGUGAGCCUCUAAACACCAGAACAGGCCAGUGUCCCAACCUGGACAGUCCCGUUAGUCUCCCAGCCACUCCUCCUAAGAGCCACUACAGGGCCAAUGGGACCUACCUUCAUCCUGUCACCGGCAAGCCCUUGGAUCCUAAUUCUCCACUUGCUCUGGCCCUGGCAGCUCGUGACCGUGCGAUGAAGGAGCAACAAAACCAUCCUCAGAAUCAGCCAACAAAUCCUCCUCAGGUUCAGCAAACGCCCAAACAUGAAGCCCAGUCCCUCCCAAUUCAGCCAAGCCACAAACCAGACCUCAACCAACCGCUGUUUAUUGACACCAAACUACGCUCCGGGAUCGAGACAAGUUUUGCUGCAAUCUCCUCAGCAACCAUGGGGCGGCCUAACCGAGGUGCUCUGCGGAGGCAGAUGACGGAGCAGAAGUAUGAGUCUGAUGGGGCACGGGAAGAACGGCAGCAUCAAGCAGCUGAAGAGAGGAAAAGUGCGCCAGCGGAUGUGGCAGACACAUCACAGCCCAAGUCAGCCGGGCUGUUGAUGGUCCACACCAGCAACGAAACAAGCAACAAGUCGAACAACCAAGAGGUGGAGGGGCAGGACAGCAACAGGCCAUCUGAGCUCAAAGACCCCAACCAACCCGAUCCUCUCAACGCUACAUCGCUCUCCGUCAAUCCCCAGCCACCAUCAUCACGGAGGAGGAGCAUUCCUUUAGGUGAGUCCAUAGACGAACCAGUAAAGCUGCCCUUCCGCAUCCCCCCUCCCCCUCUCGCCUCAGUUGACAUCGAUGAGGAUUUUGAAUACUCAGAGCCCCUCCCACCACCACUGGAGUUUGCCAACAGUAUUGACAUUCCUGACGAUCAGGCUAGUGCCAUUGCAGCGAUGCUUCAGCAACAGAGACGGAAUGGGGGACCUCUUCUACCCCCAUACCACACUCACGCCCCGCCACCUGUCACUGAACAACACAAACGGGUGGCAAACAACAUGCCCCCCUCAUAUCCUCCCCCUCCACCGGACUCAGAGUCAGGAGUGGGUGACUCGGGCAUCGAAGAGGUAGACAGCCGCAGUAGCGGGGAUCCUCAGCACAUGGAGACAACCAGUACCGUUUCCAGCAUCUCCACUCUGUCGUCAGAGGGAGGCUUCUGUGACAGCGCUCUGGAGAGCCUCUAUGCCACCGCAGACGGUCAUGCCUUCCUGGUGGAUCGGCCUCCUGUGCCACCCAAACCCAAGGGCAAGUCCGUCAUCAACAGAACAUCGCUUUAUCAUGACGCUCUCAUUGAAGAGCCCCCGGAGUCCUAUGGAUCACCGCCUCAGGCUCCUCCCCCUCCCCCUUCAUCCUCUGAACCUCCUAGGACUCCUACUCAAAGGACAUCCAAGCUGUGGGGCGAUCAGCCCCCUGAGCUGCACAGCCCCCCAUCCACUCCAGACUCCAAGAACACAGUUAUUACCGAACUGAGCUCCAUUCUGCAGCAAAUGACUCGCGAAAGGCCAACCAAGCCAGGAGAAAGUCUCGACUCCCCCACAGGGACCAGGGGGAGCUUCGGAACAAGGCCUCCAACAGACGACUCAGGAAUGCGUAACAACGCUGCCGCUGCUUCCCUCGCCUCCACGCCUCCCAGCAGCCUCCCAUCCCAGACGCACCCGUGCAGCCCGCCAGACUCCGGCUCCUCCCUCACCCCCUGCUCCUCACUGCCACCCUCCGUGUCGCCCACCCUCACAGACGUCUUCGGCCUGCCCACCCCGCCCAUGGGCAGCGGCGGCGGUUACAGCCUGAGUUCCUCGUGCGGCGGCAGCGGGAGCUCGCGCUCCCCGUCGCCGCUCACACUGAUGCAGGCGGUGGCGGCCUCGGGAAAGCCCUUCGCCUCCAAACCCAUGGAGCUGUGGAGCAAGCACGACGUGGCGGACUGGCUGGAGAGCCUCAACCUGGGGGAGCACAGGGACGCCUUCCUGGACAAUGAGAUCGAGGGCGCUCACCUGUUGUCGCUGCAGAAAGAGGACCUGAUAGACCUCGGCGUGACGAGGGUGGGCCACCGCAUGAACAUCGAGAGGGCCCUCAAGCUGCUGCAGGACAGAUAAGCCCCGAGGAGACAGGGUGGCGACGUGCGGAGUCAGUCAGGGAGGGGUUACUGAUCUCUUCAUCGGACAUGAUCUCAAGACGUGGAACUGGGUAGAAGUUUUGUCCAGGCUGAUGCUGCCUCUUGCUGUUUUUGUCCUCUCUCAUCCUCCGCCGCCCUCAUCUCAGUGCUCUGCUCUUGUCCGCCCUCUUCUUCCUUCCCACCGCCCCGAGCAUCAGGGGCUCAUGGGAUGUCGGGGGGAGAGAAGAGAAACGCUUCUGUCACAUCGAGAGAGUGGAGGAGGCCCGUACGAAGAACUGACCAGAACACACAAACACUCUGGAAUAGUUUGCACUCAAACACUGGAAACAAACCUCUGGACGUGUAUUUCACACAGAGACACGUGCUCACACAACUGCUUUGGAAUACUAGAGACUUUUUCCAUACACCCCGGUGCGGGUGCAUGAAGAACCAGCUGAGCUGGUCGUUGCUCCUUUUCUAUCUUUGCUAGAGUUUGUUCAGAGAAUAAUAUUUCUUCACUAGAGUCCUACCGGAGUUAUAUUUCUGGGUGCAUCUAAGGUUGUAGAAACAUUUGACAUAGACUCCAUUUGUUUUGCUUUUCACUUGUUUGUGUCAAAAUAAGAACAUUAGCUGACAUGUUUAAAUAAAUACUAAACCAUAUCUUGUGUCCAUGCACACACACACACACACACACACACACCUUAUGCACAGUGCCACACACUGACACACGAGAAUACACACUGUCUUCACACAUUCACACCCGAAGCAUGAACACACACCGUUACUGCGAUGGCCUUCUUCUCCUGAGAGAGAGCAAAGCGUGGAGAGAGGUGGUCACCAGAGGAGGAUCUCUGUAGCAGGGGCCCCGGGGGCCCCUCGCCAGUCUACACCCACCCGGUGUCCACCUCGUCAUACAGGGAAACUGAGCGGUGUGUGUGUGUGUGUGUGUGUGUGUGUCACUGGUUGACCCAGAAACAUCCUGAAGGCCACAGUUGAGGGAAACUAGAGCUGUUCUUUACUUUUCUUCUUUACUUUUCUUCAUCGUCAAAUCUCCUUCCACUUCACCAUUAGCAGGUCGACACUCGUCCAUGUGGCCCCACAGUGACGCUAAUGUAUCAGCACGCCGUGUGUACGUGGUAGAAGUCGAGGUUUUCAGAGAGAGCAUUUAAAGGAACAGUUUGACAUUCUGUGAAAUACACUUAUUUGUUUUCUUGCCGCGAGUUCAAAGAGAAGAUUGAACCCAAUGUCUGAACUCUGGAUAUGAAGCUGGAGACGAUUAGAUUAAAGCAGGAAGCAGGUAGCAGCUCACUUCUUCUUCUUCUCUAGUUUCUCAGUGUGUGUUAUCACUGACGCUACCGUUCGCACCCCUUUGCUAGGAGCUAGCUAGCAGCUUUGUUCAAGUUGAUAUAAAUAACUUAUGUUAAUGUGAAACUGAGCGAUUAUUAGUUUGUCCCACUUAUUUCAUCAAAGUCACAAAUAAUAGUAAUAAUAAUAAUCGAUGAAUCGUCAUAACUUUGAUAAUAAUGUUUCCUUCAGCGCCACCUUCAGGGCAACAGUUAAAGCUUUACUUUCUGCUUCGUCCAAAAUAUCAAACAUUUUUCUUUUUACUCAACUUUAUUGAUUGAUUGAGUAUAUUUUUAUUUAUAAAUAGGGAAAUAGAAUUAUUCAUUGGCAAGUAAAAUUACUUUCUUAACUUAGUUUUAGCUGUUUAAUACCAAGUGAAUAUUGGACCAAUUUUUCACAUAUAUUCCAAAUAUUCUGACACUAAAAUGGUUAAAACGGACAAAUCCAGAGAGAACCAGAGACCCGUCCACCUCAGCAACACACUCGCUAACCUUCACGAGCUAGCUAAUGUUCGUAAUGCUACAUUUGGAUGUUAGACGUGUAAAUAUUUAAUGAUAGUGAAAGAAAACAAUAAAAACCUUCUGGAAAUAAAACGUAAUCUUCUUUCAUACGUCUACACGACGUCACAACACUUCAGACGGGGUGAGGGGAGGCGGCCGCGCCCACAGGAAGUACAGCUAAGCUAAGCUAACCGUCUCCUGGCGUCACAUGACAGAUGUUACGAUCUUCUCAUCAAACUCACCAAGAAAAUUAAAAAACGUAUUUUCAAAUAUGUCAAACUAUUUAAGGCUGUCGUCCGAUAGCAUCUCAUUGACUUUGAAUCCAGCGUCGAACCCUUUUUGGAGGCAUUUUUAAGCUUUCAACAAUUUUAAAAUAACACAAGUCAUAAUCAACCUCGUCGUUAAGACGUGAAACUCAAAGGUUGGCAUUUAAAGAGCUAAAACUCCUGUUUACCAGAGAAAUGACGUGUUUUCUAUAUCGCUAAAUGACUACCUGAACAUUUUGUACAUUGUUCUUUGUUAAUUAAAAAGAGCGAGAAGAUUAAAGAGUCACUAAGAGAGUCGUUAGCGUUAAGCUAACUCGAGCUCAACUCCCACCAGGUCCCAAACAGCCUCCCAAACUGGAGCAGCUGUUCAGAGGAAAAUACUGUUUUACACCGAAACAGCCUUCAGAGUGUUUCCUCCUCGUGAGGAAGGCUGGAGACGCAGCGGCGCGUUAACUAAGCUGCUGCACGCUGACACGGGCCGAGCUUUUCUUACAAUGAAUCAGCAGGUCCAUUCUUUGUAGCCAGAGGACGAGAAAUCUUUUAGAGCAGAUGGAGAUUCUGCGGCUUCAGGGUUUUAUGUAAGUCCACAUCAAGCGGAGAACAAGCUGACAGAUGUUGCUCAGCGUGAACCCUGAGUGAGAUUAGAAAGGGACAGGAAGCGUUUCUGAUCUGUUGCAGAUGAACUUGAGUCUCUGCAACAGGACCGGACUGUAAGCUUCUCCACGUCUCACGGCAGGAGAGACUCGCUUCAAACUUUACUUUAAGGGUCCAAUUUCAAACUAAAUCAGCAUUUAUUAAGCUGGAAAUGUGUGUGUUUGCUAGCAAUGAUUACAGGCUGGUCAGAAGUAGAAGUACAGUAUGUGUUGAAACGUGUAUAUAAGAGUGUUUAACAGGAUUAAAAUAUGUCUAUUUGAUUAUAUGUAUAGCUCUAUUAAAAAAGGUUUAGAGUAAAAAAAAAUAUGAAGAUUGAUUUAUAGUUGCCAGAGCUGACUCGCUCGCCCCAUCAUCCUGCAGAGGAUGCCUUAAGUAAGCUCACGUCCCCUUCCUCCACUACACCUGCACCACCUGUACAGCUCCAACACAAAGGAGCUCGUGUCUUUAUCUCAAAGUAGAUUCUUUCAGAGCACACCUCACGUGUGCUUCGAUAUGUGCUCCACAGUAACCCAACGUCUGAAAUAUAUAUAUAUCGUUUUAGAGCAAGUUCACCCUUAUUUGGUUUCAUAUCACACUCUCACAAUCGCAGCUUCAUGUAGGUGCAACUUUCGAGGAGACAAAUGAGAUGUACACAAGCUCUGUGUUCUGUGAACAUUAGCCGAGGCUGGCACGGGACAAUGCUGCUAUAAUCCUGUUCCUGUUUGGACGUGUAACUUAUUUUAAAGCAGACAGACGUGUCGGAGGGAGAAAAGCACAGUAUUUUUAAAGAUUUGUAUAGAGUUCUACGACAUUUUAUAGAGGUUAUCUGAACAAAAACUGUUCAACACUGACGCGUGGAUUGCCAAAAAAA